CCUAACUCACAAAGAGAUAACCGCAUGACAUGGCCCCUUGGCUUUCAUAAGUGCUGCUGUAACGCUGUGGACCUCAUACACGCAAUUUGAUAUAAUGCAGCCUUUGUUUACUCUGUCUUUGACUUCGUCAGGGUAUAAUGAACUAUGCCCACUCCAUGCCACUAUUUAGAUGGCUAUAUCUGGACGCCCGAAAUCGGCGUUCCGGUUCCGUACAGCUGACGGGCAUCGAGUGAUCGAUAUAUCUAAUUAUGGAUUGGCUUAUCUACUAUUGUUGUUUUGAGUCCUAUGAGGAUAAGGUACAGCCCAUGUCUUCCAGCCUUCCAGAUAGAUAUGCUAACCAACUCUUACCAAAAGGUAUACCUCCUACCUCGGCGGACGACAAGCACUCCAAAGAGCCAUAGUGGCAACGCCGAGUCCCCAGGGUAUGUCGCUCAAUAUUUGGUCGACCGGGCGCCUUUUCCCACCCACCAUGAGAGAUGGGGCCGUCGGCCCCAUGCACAUUGGGACACCGAAAACUUGUUCCUGGAGGAAGAAAAGUCAAUCUGCCCCCCUAACGGAACCCCGACAAGCCCUAGAGGCAGACCCAUCGUGUUAUUCUCAUAUGUGGCUACUCACUUUGACUAUAGUAAUCAAACCAGUAAGGGCAGGCCCAGGAAGCGUCCCGGCGCACCUGUGCGCGACGAGGUUGGUACAUUCCGCAUCGUCGCGCUAUGGAGCAAAGACAAAGUAGGGCUCAUUUGGCACCCUGUUGGUGAUAAGAAAGGCUUUUUCCGCGCGGAGGAGCGGAAAGUUAUCAGAAUACGCCCAAGGACCUGGUGGAUCGAGUACUUCCACUUCAAGCAAGCACGGUCUCCAAAGGCAGAGUCAGUCGGUUCGAGAGUCUUUAUUUGCCUUGGGGUCCCAGAACUUAACACUUUGCUGCCAUUUAUAUGUCAAUAUUUUGGAGCAGAGCUGUUUCCUUUCUUUGGUUCAAAACGCUGUCAUUAAUAAAAGAACUCUUGGUACCACUCUUUGGCUUUUUUUAGUAAAAAAGUCAUGUUAUUCAUCAACAUAUAAGUGCAAUCUAUUCUCCAGUACUUACCUAUCAAUAUCCACACCCUCGUCCACCUGCUCUAGGCUAUGGAAGCGUAGAUAAACUGGCUAGAUUGGCGAUUGGUACAUAUCGACAUCACACAGACCAUUGAAGAGAGAAAGGUUCCAAAACCUAAGUGACGUAAAUAAUGCCUUCCAAACCGGCUUCCAUCGACAGCCAGCAAUGAUGUAUACCGAAUUCCAAUUAAUCAAUAUGUUGUAUAUGAUUACUAUACGCUUCUUAUAACCGAUGUAAUUGCGGGGUCGCAACCUCGGUCUAUCCAGCUUCCCCAGCUUC